GAAAGCAACGACGUGUUUCGGUGUUUCGUUCGCGGUUGCAGUCGCAGUGCGUGAAGUCAGUUGUAAAAUUGAAAUAAAUUUUUUUACUGCUUUUCAUAACCCAUAUAUUUUAAUGUCAAUUUGAAUAAAAUCAUUUGAAUUUGUGAAGUCAAUUGCACAACGUGAACAUUUUCAGUUUGCCGGCUUUGAAACUUACGGUGGUGAGACCGAUUACAUUACAAUUUAUAAGAAAUUGUGCAUAAUUAAGAAAUAAAACCUUGGUUAUCUAUACAAGCUAUCCAAUUAUACAGCAAUGGAGAACGGCAGUGGUAGUGUGGCCGGGAGUGGUACCUCCAUCGAAAAAAUGUACCAAAAGAAAUCUCAAUUAGAACAUAUUCUAUUGCGUCCAGACACUUAUAUCGGUUCGGUGGAGCACGUUAGCGAAACCAUGUGGGUAUAUAAUGAGGAAAAAAAUCGAAUGAUACAGCGACCAGUCACCUAUGUACCUGGUUUGUACAAGAUCUUCGAUGAAAUUCUUGUAAAUGCCGCCGACAAUAAGCAACGCGACAAAACUAUGAGUACAAUAAAAAUCGAUAUUGAUGCGGAAAAAAAUUCUAUUUCAAUUUGGAAUAAUGGGCAAGGAAUUCCAGUUACCAUUCAUAAGGAACACAAAAUGUAUGUGCCGGAAAUGAUUUUCGGUCAUCUCUUAACUUCGUCAAAUUACAAUGAUGAUGAGAAAAAAGUGACUGGUGGUCGUAAUGGUUAUGGCGCAAAGUUAUGCAACAUUUUUUCAACUAGUUUCAUGGUUGAAACCGCUACUAAGGAAUACAAGAAAAGUUUCAAACAAAUUUGGGCUAACAAUAUGUCAAAAACAACUCCGCCAAAGAUCAAAGAGUUUGCGGGCUCCGAUUUUACAAAAAUUACAUUCAGUCCUGACUUGUCCAAGUUUAAAAUGGAUCGUCUUGAUGAAGAUAUUGUUGCACUAAUGUGUCGUCGUGCUUAUGAUAUUGCCGCUGCGACAAAGGGUGUAGUUGUAUUUUUAAAUGGCAAAAAAUUGCCGGUAAAGAAUUUCAAGGAUUACAUUGAUUUAUAUGUAAAGAAUAGUGAUGACUCCGGGCAAACAAUUAAAAUUGUUUACGAACAAGCUGGUGAACGUUGGGAGGUAGCUUGCUGUCCCUCAGAAAAUAAUUUCCAACAGGUGUCUUUCGUGAAUUCGAUUGCAACCACAAAAGGUGGACGUCACGUGGACUAUGUAGUGGACAUGAUAAUCAAACAAUUGAUCGAAGUUGUAAAGAAGAAGAACAAAGGCGGUAUUAACAUAAAACCCUUCCAAGUACGCAACCAUAUGUGGGUAUUCGUCAAUUGUCUUAUCGAAAAUCCGACGUUCGAUUCGCAAACAAAAGAAAACAUGACACUGCAAUCCAAAAGUUUUGGAUCGAAAUGUGCACUCUCAGAAAAAUUCAUUGCAAAUGUUUCCAAGUCCGGAAUUGUGGAGGCCGUAUUAUCAUGGGCCAAAUUUAAAGCACAAAGUGAAAUUGACAAGAAAGGUGGUAAAAAGUCUUCUAAAAUAAAAAAUUUACCCAAACUCGAAGAUGCAAACGAGGCUGGAAAAUCAAAUUCGUACUUAUGUACGCUUAUUUUAACGGAGGGAGACUCAGCCAAAUCGUUGGCUGUAUCCGGUCUUGGUGUUAUCGGCCGUGACUUGUAUGGUGUAUUUCCACUACGUGGUAAACUUCUAAAUGUACGUGAGGCUUCUUUUAAACAGCUGGCUGAAAAUGCGGAAAUCAAUAAUCUGGUAAAGAUUAUUGGUUUGCAGUACAAGAAGAAAUACACUACAAUGGAGGAUUUGAAAACUUUACGUUAUGGCAAGGUCAUGAUUAUGACUGAUCAGGAUCAAGACGGUUCACAUAUAAAAGGAUUACUGAUUAAUUUCAUACACACAAAUUGGCCCGAACUAUUACGACUACCUUUCCUCGAAGAAUUCAUUACGCCAAUUGUUAAGGCAUCGAAGAAAAAUGAAGUGCUUUCCUUCUAUUCUCUACCCGAGUUCGAAGAGUGGAAGAAUGAUACGCCCAACAAUAAUACAUAUAAUAUCAAAUACUACAAAGGUUUGGGUACCUCCACAUCUAAGGAGGCUAAAGAAUAUUUCCAAGACAUGGAACGUCAUCGCAUAACUUUCAAGUAUGACGGCAGUGUGGAUGAUGACGCCAUUGUUAUGGCUUUCUCUAAAAAGCACGUAGACGCACGUAAAGAAUGGUUAACGUCGCACAUGGACGAGGUGAAACGCCGAAAAGUACUUGGUUUACCCGAACGUUAUCUGUACACCAAAGGCACCAAACACAUAACAUAUUCGGACUUUGUUAAUCUUGAGUUGGUGCUCUUCUCCAAUGCUGACAAUGUCCGUUCUAUACCAUGUUUGGUAGAUGGUUUUAAGCCGGGCCAACGCAAAGUUAUGUUUACCUGUUUCAAACGUAACGACAAACGUGAGGUGAAAGUUGCGCAAUUGUCUGGUUCUGUGGCUGAAAUGUCCGCCUACCAUCACGGCGAGAUGUCACUGCAGGCUACCAUAGUCAAUUUGGCGCAAAAUUACGUGGGAUCAAAUAAUAUUAAUUUAUUGGAGCCUCGUGGUCAAUUUGGUACACGUCUGCAGGGUGGUAAAGAUUGUGCGAGCGCUCGUUAUAUUUUCACCUUAAUGUCACCCUUGACGCGACUCAUAUUCCACCCAGCCGACGAUCCGUUGUUAACGUACGAAGUUGAUGAUGGUCAAAAGAUUGAACCACAGUGGUAUAUACCAAUUAUACCAAUGGUUUUGGUGAAUGGUGCUGAUGGUAUUGGCACAGGUUGGUCCACAAAGAUUUACAAUCACAACCCGCGUGAUAUCAUACAGAAUAUUCGUAGAAUGCUGGCUAAUGAGGAGCCUUUGCCAAUGCAUCCCUGGUAUAAAAAUUUCAAGGGCACCAUUGACUACGUUUCUGAUGGCCGUUAUAUUUCAUCUGGCAAUAUACAAAUUGUACAAAAUAAUAAAAUCGAAAUAUCUGAACUGCCAGUGGGCACUUGGACCCAAGCGUACAAGGAGAGUGUGCUGGAUGCACUUUCAAACGGUGAAAAAGGUAAGGCGGUUGUUGCCGAUUACCGCGAGUAUCAUACUGAUACCACAGUGCGUUUCGUUAUUACAUUCACUGCUGGUGAAUUCGAGCGCUUGCAAGCUGAAGAUGGCGGCUUCCAUCGUGCUUUCAAAUUAACCUCUUCAAUGUCUACCAAUCAAAUGCAUUGCUUCGAUCAAAACAAUUGCUUACGUCGUUUUCCUACAUCUAUUGAUAUUAUGAAAGAAUAUUUCCCCGUACGUCUAGAGUAUUAUGUUAAGCGCAAAGAGUAUUUAAUCGGUCAAUUGACAGCACAGGCUGAUCGUCUGACCGAUCAGGCACGCUUUAUUAUGGAAAAGUGCGAUCGUACCAUAGUGGUUGAAAAUAAGAAACGUAAGGCCAUGAUAGAUGAACUGAUCAAACGUGGCUAUCGACCCGAUCCAGUAAAGGAAUGGCAGCGUCGUAUAAAUAUGGAAGAAGAAGAGGAAGCUGAUGAAGAGGAUGAAGAUCAAGCCGAUGAAACUGCAACCAGCUCAACAGUGAAGAAGGAGAAAAAGCCGGUAGAUCCGGAGAAGGCUUUUAAUAAAUUAACAGAUGUCAAGAAAUUCGAUUAUCUUUUGGGUAUGUCCAUGUGGAUGUUGACCGAGGAAAAGAAAAAUGAAUUGUUGAAACAACGCGAUACAAAGUUAGCCGAGCUUGCAGCACUUAAAGCUAAGACAGUACAAACUUUGUGGCUGGAUGAUUUGGAUGAUUUUGAAAAGAAACUUAAUGAAUUAGAGGAACGCGAACGACUUGAAGAGUUAGGCAUCAACAAGAAACAAGCAAAGGCCUUAACUGCUAAGGCAAAGGCUCUAUCUGGUGCAUUGAAGAAGCGUGCUGCUAAGGAUGGCAACGAAAACAUUUUCCCCGAUCCAAAUGGCAUUAAAAUUGAAUUCAAGGUUACUGAGGAGAUUAUGAAAAAGAUUUCAACUGCAGUGGCACUCGCCGCCAGACCAAAGAUUAAGAAGGAGAAGGUCGAAAAAGCAGCUAAGGCAGCUAAGGGUGAAGAAGUGGACGAGUUUGAUACAAUAGUUGAAGGUGGCGCAAAGGGACCGAAAGGUUCACCGGCUGCUUUGAAAAAGACAAAAGCUAAGGAAGCGGGCGCUGGCGGUGAUGGAGAAAAGAAGAAGCGCGUUCGUAAACCCAAAGAUGGUUUGAAACAAUCUAAGUUGAACUUCGGCAAAGGGCGUAAAAAGAAACAGAAUUCUUCCGAUGAAGACGAUGAUUUAGGAUCUGGUAGUGAUAUUGAAAUGCAUGUCGAUGUUGCGCCACGCGCAGAUCGACCAGGUCGCAGAGCAACUGCCAAGAAAAUUAAUUAUUCUGGCUUAUUGGAUAGCGAAGCCGAAAAGAGUAGCGAUGGUGAGCUCGAGUUCAGAGAUAAUGAAGGUAUCAAAGAACAGUCAUACCAGGUGGCACAUAUAUCAGAUGACGAACAUGGCAGUGAUGCCGAUCAACCUAACGGCAGCAAUGCGUUUGUAGUGAGCGAAUCAGAUGCCACACCGAUAAAGAAGAAGCCUACAGCGAAACGUCCACGAAAGAAGGCAAUAACAAGUGAUAGUGAUAGUGACAAAAAGAAAAAGAAGAAGAAAAGGGUUGCAUCCGAGAGCGACGAUGACGAUUCAGAUUUUGAAUGUUAAGCAUUUCCAAUCCAAUGAAUUAUAAAAAAAUUAGACUUAAUGUGCAAAAGAGUCUGCAUAUAAUAUAAAAUGUGAGAUCAGAAGAGUUAUAGCACUAAGAAAUUGGAGAAGCAGCAAGGUUAUCAAUAACCAAUUAUAAUUCACCUUAUAUCUAUACAUUCAUGUUGAAUCAAACGCCUCUAUAUACAUUCUUUUCCCACCGUACACCUUUCAUUCAUUCCAUCAGCUUAUGAUCAAACGGAAAUCGGAAAUCGCAGUACUUGUUUAUACGAUAUCACAUUUCGUCACAAUUCAAAUCAUUGCUGGUUUUUUUGUAUUGUAUUUUUAAUUUAGUCCAUUAGACCAUUGUUCAUCAAAGCUUCGGCAUAGUGAAUCAGCCAACAUGCCAGGUUUUUUUUUAUGAUUUUAACAUAUUAAUAUUGGUUACUUUUUGUUCGUAAUUAAAUGUCAAUACCUAUUACAAUAAUAAUUGCAGUCAACGACUGUUAUAUAUUUAAACAAAUUUUGUUCAUUAUUAAGAUAUUUCAAUGCUGUGUGCGGUUAGAAUGAUAACGUGGCGUCUGGACGUCCAAAUCUCCUUUUUAUGUUUUAAGUAUUUUGAAAGUAGUUUAAAAUUUGUAAAUAUAAAUGGUUCAAUUUACAAGUUCUCUCCACGUUUCUUUCGAGUGAAAGUUUAGCGUUAGUAUACAAAAUAAACGGUAUAAUAAGAAGAUUGCAUAAUAAGUAUCGCAAAAUCUGUCUAAAAGUGUUGUUUUAAAAUUGAAAUAAUUGUGCGAAAGAAGCGUUAUUUUUUAUAAAUUCCUUAUUUUCGUUAUCUCUUGCUAAUUUGUAUAUUACUAUAUGUAUUUUUAGCGCACAAAAACUGUGUGUACAAUUUCAAUUUGAAAGCUGAUUUUUGAAAAAGUAUUUUCGAAAAUAAACUAGCAAUGUCAAACUAAUUAUAUAUUUAUGAUAACUGAUAAAUGUAUGAACGUAGAGACGGAUUUUAAGAUGGAACAUGAAACAUAUUAAGUAUGUACCAAAUAAGGUUAUACUUAAAACAUUAUCAUUCAAUAUACUAUAAAUAAAAUAAAUUUUAAUAAAUAUAAACAAAUUUUAUUUGAAAAAAUA